CCCAACCAGACACCCCCUCAAAUGUUGACAAUCAUAAAAGUUCUACUUUCAAAAGAAAAGGAGUAGAAAAGUCAAACUACACCGAUAACUAGAUUAGCGACACCUACGUUAGUAAAGUAGUAUAUCCAGUCUACUAGUAGAGUCUACGCCUCCCUCCCUACAAAGAAAACUUAAUUUAAUUAUGGCAGGAAGUGUAUGUGUAACAGGUGCUGGUGGUUUUAUAGGAUCUUGGUUGGUUAAGCUUUUGCUUUCUAAAAGUUAUAUUGUUCAUGCCACUCUCAGAAACCCAUUGGAUGAGAAAAACGCACAUUUGAAAAGACUUGAGAAUGCGUCUGAGAACUUGAAGCUCUUUAAGGCCGACCUUCUUGACUACGAGUCUGUUCGUGGAGCCAUUGCGGGAUGUGAUGGUGUGUUUCAUACUGCAAGUCCAGUUCCAUCUGGUUCUGUACCAAACCCUGAGGUAGAACUGAUUGAGCCAGCCGUUAAUGGUACACUCAAUGUACUGAAGGCUUGUUGUGAAGUAAAUGUCAAGAAAGUUGUGUAUGUAUCAUCUGUAGCUGCUGUUGCAGUCCUACCUAAUCGACCAGAUCGGCCUCUGGAUGAGACUUUUUGGUCUGACCAAGAUUUCUGCAGAUCAAAUAAUGAUUGGUAUUGUCUUUCUAAGACAAAAGCAGAGAGGGAGGCCUGGGAAUUCUCAAAAACAAAUGGUAUUGAUUUUAAGUCUGUUUGCCCAACUCUUGUCAUAGGGCCUAUGCUGCAGAGCUCAAUGAAUGCUAGUAGUUUGGCUCUUAUCAAGUAUCUUAGAGAUGGAAAUGAGGAAGUAGAGAACAGGCUCCGGCUGUUUGUAGAUGUACGCGAUCUAGCCAAAGCACUUCUUUUAGCAUAUGAAAAGCCAGAGGCUAAUGGGAGAUACAUAUGCACAUCUCAUGAGAUCAGGGCAAAGGAAUUGGUAGAAAUGCUGAAGAAAUACUAUCCUGACUACAAGUAUCCAACUAAAUAUACCGAGCCAAAAGGAGUAUUUUCAGCUUCUUCUGAGAAACUACAGAAGCUGGGCUGGAGUUACAGACCACUUGAAGAAACUCUUGUUGACUCCGUUGAGAAUUAUUCCCAAAACGGUCUUUUGGGUAACAAAUAGAUCUUCUCUGCAGCUCACUCAUCAUGAAAUGUUUUGUAUCGACGUCUUCCCCCUUUUUGCUCGUCGCUGAUUAAGUCUUUCAUGAAUUCAGUUUGUACUCAGUGUGAUUGUGUGUUAGUCUAAUAAGUUCUUUAAUUAGAUGAAAUUUGUUGCUUUUAGCAUGGAGUAUUUGUUUCACUCCUAGCAGAAUAAGUCUAAACACCGCAACAAUUACCAAAAACCUUUAGAAGUUGUCAAAAAGCCCACAGAACCAUUAUAAUUUGCCUGAUACUGCCGUUUUAUGCGUGUACAAGGCUACUAGCUCAUAAAUGAUAUAGUUACAUAAUGGAUAAUUGUACAGUUGUAAUUCA